UGUCAGGAGGAGGUCCGAAGAGGUCACUGGAGCGCUUGGCGCCUCCAGGAAGAAGAGUUCUUUCCACACAGCUCUUCCAUUGAGGCUGGUGUCGCUACGAAGAAGCCAUGGUGUUGGAGCAAGUAGCCCGUGUUAUAAAAGUGCAGCUACCGGCUUACCUGAAGCGGCUGCCCAUACCGGACAGCAUCGCUGGCUUCAUCAGACUGACAGUUUCAGAAUGGUUGCGACUAUUGCCGUUCCUUGGUGUCAUGGCACUGCUUGGAUACCUUGCAAUUCGACCGUUCCUGACAAAAAAGAAGAAACAAAAAGACAGCUUGAUUAACCUGAAAAUUCAAAAAGAGAACCCAAAGGUGGUGAAUGAGAUAAAUAUAGAGGAUCUGCAUCUUGCUAAAGCUGCCUACUGUCGAUGCUGGCGAUCUAAAACUUUCCCAGUUUGUGAUGGCUCUCAUAACAAGCACAACGAGGUUGUGGGGGACAACGUGGGACCAUUGAUUUUAAAGAAGAAAGAAGUCUAAUGCAUCUCAAGUGGAUUCAUCUUAGAACCAGUGUUCCUGGCCAUUGUGCAACACCAAGCUUGAAUCAGUAGUGGUAGCACGUGUCCGGGCUUGGAUGUUAAUCACGAAUGCAGGUCCUUGGUACAUGUAAAUGGCCUAUUGGUACAAUGAAAAUACAUUGUUGCGAAAAGUUUUUGUUUAUCUCCAGUGUUACUCUAUACCUGUGCCUUGAUAUGAGAUGGUGGAUCCCAUCUUUGUUUGAAUAUUGCUGUCCCAGACCCCUAGUUUUAUGUUUUUGAAUUUGUAUUGCUAGACCCUCACAGCUUUUGCCAUAGUAGUAAUUCAUCUUGAACUAAAAGAUGCCUCCUUUUCUCGACUCUGUGAUAUAUUGUUCCAUACGAUGGGAACUAAGAACUAGAGACUUUAUCUUUUUUAACACCUGUGUGUAUUUUAUGUAUGUUUGCCAGGAUUUCAGUGUCGCAAAGACUUGCAUAUAAAGUGUUCAUAUUCUUGAUAUACUGGUGAGAGAUACAGGAACCAAAUGAUAAAUGGACCAAGGACAUCCGGGAACUUCUAUAUGGCAAUGCUUUAUAGGUUACUGAUUAAAAAGAAUAUAGUAUACAUAUUUGGAAAUAUUAAGUAAAGCUUUUUGAUCUAA